UGAAUCAUCCUUUUUCCAUUUUUUUGUUCUCUAUCAUCGACGCGAACGUGAAAACGCAGCUGAUAAGGGAGGUGCCAGCAGAAGAACAUUUUUUUCAAAAAAUCUCUUCAGUAUGAGGUAUUCUUUCACUUUGAAUCAUUAUUCAAACGGAGUUCUUUGAAUCUAUCGUUCGGACGGACCAUGCAAACUGUGCAAAACAUAAAGGAUGGGAUUUGGAAUUUUCCCUGCGCUGUAAACAGUUUUCUCAGCAGGGAAGAAACCACCGGUGCAGUUCAGGUAACUCUUGAUAACAGCGAUGACAACAACAACAAUGCCGUUUCCGAGAAUGAAUCCAUCGACGGCGGUGGGGACAAUGACGAUGACAUCACUGAUAACGGUCUCUACGAAGCAGAAGCAGAGGAGCCGGCGGCCUUGGGAACGGCGAUGUCGAUAAACUCGCUAAAUCUCUGUGGCGAAAAUGAUUUACUUUGCGGUUCACACGCAAUUCCGCUCGCUCUAAUAAAGGAAGAAUGGCAGUUAGUUCUGGGCUGUGAAGCAUCCAUUCCGGAGAUUGAAUUUGCAAUUGAUAAGUGCAAGGAUCUCGUACUGCGUACCAGCACCACUAAAACUGAAAACCGCAACUGGCUUGUUCGCCACCUCAUUGAACUAAGGCAUAGACUAAAAGAGCUGCAGGAUGUUGAUAACGAUCCAGAUGCGGUGCCAACGGGAAUGAAAGUAAUCCUAGGUCAUCAUUUCGUAGCGCACAAAAGCUAUCCCAAGUGUAAGGUUUUUUGCGAUCACUGUUCGGGUAUCGUUUGGAACGUAAUGCAGGCGUCCUACCGAUGCAGUGAUUGCUCAUUCACUGUUCAUCACAAGUGUAUAAGAAACGUGAUAAGAAUUUGCGCCCAUGUAAUUACCGCAGAACGUAAGCUGCCGAUUGAAUGCAUUUGUCCUGAAAUUGGUCUAGCGUUUCAGAAAUAUACCUGUGCAGAAUGCGGUUCACAACUUAGUUGCAAUGACUCAAAGGCAAUUGGUUGUUUUGGAGUAGAGCUUAACGCUGAAAAACUAAUCUCAGUUCAACCACGACUUUGUGACUAUUCAGGACUUUACUAUUGCACGGUAUGCCACUGGAAUGAUACGGCUGUAAUCCCGGCUCGAAUAAUGAACAACUGGGAUUUUAAACCCCGUAAAGUGAGCCGAGCCUCGCUACAGCAGAUUCGUUUGAUGUACCAUCGGCCCGUCAUUAACCUUGAGCAGAAAAAUCCACGUCUGUUUGCACUGGUUCCCAAGCUGGGGGCAACGAAACGUUUUCGCCAAAAGCUGCAACAUAUGAGACGAUAUUUGACGGUAUGUCGGAUUGCGGAAGAAUUGCGUUUAGUGCGAGAUACUAUCGGCAAUAGUCGACACCUGAUGCAGUCGGACGAUAUGUAUAGUGUAGCGGAUUUAGUCAGGAUCGAAAACGGCACCUUGUUGAUUUUUUUACACACAGCCUAUGGUGCAUUUGAGCGACACAUACGGAAUUGCUUGAUAUGUUCCGGCAAAGCGUACAUAUGUGAAAUAUGCAACAAUGAUGAAAUUAUAUUCCCCUUUGACGAUUGUGCCGUGUGUUGUAACCAGUGUAGCUCAGUCACCCAUCGGCAAUGUCAGUUGAGAAAAAAUAUGCAAUGUCAAAAGUGUAUCCGUCUCCGAGUUCGGGAACAACGAAUGCGGAACGACAUUCUGGAUGCUGCUAACGGAAAUUAAGAUCUCUUUGUUAUUAGAAAACGCACAAUUUUUUUCAAAUCAAAGCAUGGUUCUCAUCUAAUACAUGGCUUCGGAACCAAAUCCGCUGCUUAUAGUGACACGAGAAAGUUAAUAUGAUGUUGUCUGGCAAAGUCAUCAUAACCAAAGCUUUUUUAAAUGCACAAAUUUACAUGUUGCAUAUCGUGUGCUGGUAAGAAAAUAAAUAUUGCCUAUGCUUAACAAACUUAAAGUACAAUUCGAAUAUAUAACAGUUAUUCUCGAUCAAGGGUUAUAAACCGAACUCCCAUCUGUUUCAUAAUCUUACACUGAUCGUCUAUGACUCGAUCUUUUUCGUUAAGUUGUUUUACAAGUUGCUCAACUUAAGUUUGUUCAUCACGUAAAUGCUCCAAAAGAUGCCAAUGUUCUUCAACAUAACAACUUACCACCACUUCUUCAGUCUCAUAAAGGUUGCUUUGCAAAUCAGCAGCUGGAAUUUCGUCUAUAAUCACUUCUCUUUCCUCGUUUCCAGUAAAUUCUAUCAGAUCGUCGACUUCCGGUGCAUUCACCAAAUCAAAAACCUGAUCGUGCUCACAAUCCACAUCCGUUACGCUUGUCGUAUAUCUACUAUCCUCUGAACAGGAUUCGCCAGUUGACUCUUCAAUUUUGGUAUGCACAUUCAACGGAAACACUGACGGAACGGCCGUGGCCGUUAGUCUUCGUGUAAGGAAGUCUUUUUUCAGGAAAUGCCUUUGACAAAGACGGGGCGGUUCACGCGAAUUUUCUUCGAUGUCGAGCGCUUCAAGGCUGCAAGCUGCCAACCAUCGGUACCACAUUGGACUGCCGCGGGGAGGGAAUUUGAAUAACCGACACCCUCGAUCUCGAUGCUUAGUGUUUUUGCACAGCAAACAUUUCCGACCGAAUUGCAUUCUCUGGUUGUUUCGUUUUUUUUUC